CUUUCCCAACUCUGGUCAUCUGAUCCAUGAUUUGACUAUCUAUGUCAGAUUUUUAUUCUCUAUGACGUUUUUAGAACGUGAAAGAACAGUGAGUGAAGAUGUUACGUUCCAUAGUUUCUAAUCCCAACUUUCAGCAAGGAUUAACUUCUUGUCUUUGGAAUUCCCCGGCAAUAUGUCAUCUCCCAAUUACUGGACAAGUGAAAAAUUUAACAACAACCGAGACAAAUGAGAAGGAAUCUCUACCGCAAAAAGUGGAAAAACAACCGUACAGUCCAUUUCAAAAUUCACAGAGUAAAGCCGAAUAUGCUCUGGCCCGAGUGGACGAUCUGCUGAAUUGGGGUCGAAAGAAUUCCAUAUGGCCCUUGACUUUCGGUUUGGCUUGUUGCGCUGUGGAGAUGAUGCACAUUGCAGCCCCAAGGUACGACAUGGACAGGUACGGAGUUGUAUUCAGAGCGUCACCCAGACAAGCUGAUUUGAUUAUCGUCGCGGGAACUUUAACUAAUAAAAUGGCACCAGCGUUGAGGAGAAUUUACGACCAAAUGCCUGAUCCUAAGUGGGUUCUUUCUAUGGGAAGCUGCGCGAAUGGCGGAGGUUAUUAUCACUACAGUUAUUCUGUUGUUCGAGGAUGCGACAGAAUUAUACCUGUGGACAUUUACGUACCAGGCUGUCCCCCAACGGCAGAAGCUCUGAUGUACGGAAUUUUGCAGUUGCAAAAGAAAAUAAAACGAAUGCAAUCAACGCAAGUUUGGUAUAGGAAAUAAACUGUGUGCUAGGUACGUAAAUAUGUAGAAAACGUGUAAAUUAAAAGAAAAAAUGAAUUAUAAGUUAUUAUUGAUUAGAUUUGCCAGUGCAUUCGAUGCAACACAAGCGAUGUUUAUUAAAGAAAUUGUGAUUUACAAUAAUAUGAUGGCAUGUUAAGAUUCUAUAUAAUAAAAAUUAAUUAAGUUUGUUUUCCA